AUGACGCAGCAGUGGCUCCUCCCGACUGUGCGUCGGAGCGUGCGCGCCGCCAUCUCAGCGCGCAGCGCUUCUUCUGCGCACCGCAUGGCCCCAAACCCUAUGGCCGCCCGUUGCGUGCGCGCCGUGUCGUCCACGCCGCACCCCAGUGAGACUUUUAUGACGGGCACGAAUAAUGCUUAUGUGGAGGAGAUGUAUGCUCAUUGGAAGAAAACCCCCACGAGUGUCCACGCGUCCUGGGACGUCUACUUCCGUCAAGUCGAGAGCGGCAGUGUGCCUGGCGAAGCGUUUAUCCCGCCGCCGACGAUCCAACAGGGCGUGACGCCCGUCCGCUCGGUGGGAGGCGCUGGCAUUCCCUCUGCUUCUUCGAGUGAGAGGAAUGACGCGCUGGGACUGAGCUACCUCAUUCGAGCGUACCAAGUACGCGGCCACGAGGCUGCAAACAUGGACCCGCUGGAGCUGCAAGAGCGGCAGGAGCUGCCGGAGCUGGACAUUAAGAUGUACGGCUUCACCGAGCAAGACUUGGACCGCGUGAUUGACAUUCCCAAGAACUUCUCGUCGGGUGUGUCUGGAUUCUUGGAAGAGCUAACGGACGGCAAUAACAGCAUGACGCUGGGCCAGAUCAUUCAGCGUCUCAAGGACACGUACUGCAGCUCGAUUGGAGUGCAAUAUAUGCACAUAUUGGACCGAGAGCAGUGCAACUGGAUUCGAACAAAGAUGGAGCACCUUGUGAAAAACGAAGAGACGAAGAAGAAGAAGAUGCACAUUCUCGAGCGACUGGCUUUCUCGGUGGUGUUUGAGCGUUUCUUGGGCAACAAGUACAACACGACCAAGCGUUUCGGUCUGGACGGCGCCGAGAGUCUCAUUCCCGGUCUGAAGUUCAUGAUCGAUCGUGGCACGGAGCUCGGUAUGGAGCAUUUGGUGAUCGGCAUGCCUCACCGUGGCCGUCUCAAUGUGCUGUCGAACGUGAUCCGGAAGCCAAUCCAGCAGAUUUUCAAGGAGUUCCAGGGCACGCACAUUGACGUCGAGUCGUACAACCAGCGCGACGUGGAAGAUUGGUCGAACUCAGGCGACGUCAAGUACCACCUGGGCACGUCGUACGACCGCACAUACCCAGAUGGUCGCAAAGUGCACCUUUCGCUGGUGGCCAAUCCAUCUCACCUGGAAGCAGUUGACCCUGUUGUAGUUGGUAAAGUUCGUGCCAAGCAGUUCUAUCUCGGCAACGAUGCGGAAGCUGAGAAGAAGGUCAUGCCAUUGUUGCUGCACGGUGACGCUGCUUUUAGCGGCCAGGGCGUUGUGUACGAGACCAUGCAUCUGUCCGGUCUGGACAACUAUGAUACGGGUGGUACCGUGCACGUGGUAGUCAACAACCAGAUCGGGUUCACUACUGACCCGAAGAACUCGCGCUCAUCGCAGUACUGCACGGACCUGGGCAAGGCCAUGGAUGUGCCAAUCCUACACGUAAACGGUGACGACCCGGUGUCGGUGGUGAAGGUGUUUGAGUUUGCGGCAGAGUGGCGUCAAAAGUGGCGUUCGGACGUGAUCAUCAACCUAACGUGCUACCGCCGCUUUGGCCACAACGAAGUGGACAACCCGUUCUUUACGCAGCCGCUCAUGUACAAGAAGAUUGGUCAGAUGAAGUCCGUCCUGGACAAGUUUGUGGAUCAGCAGGUGGCUGCUGGCACUGCUUCGAGGGAGGAGUGCGACGCCGUUGUGUCCAAGGUCUGGAACUUUUUCCAGACGACGUUUGAAGAGACGGAAAAGUGGGAGGACACGAAGAAGAGUGACUGGCUUGCAAACCGUUGGGAGUCGUUCAAGAGUCCUAACCAGCAAUCGCGUAUUCGUCCUACGGGUGUGCACAUGAAUGUGCUGAAGCACGUUGGAGAGAAGAUCAGCACUGUUACCCCAGGUUUCAAGGUCAAUCGACAGCUGGAACGUAUCAUGGCAACGAAGAAGAGCGCGAUUGAGUCAGGCGAAGGCAUCGAUUGGGGAACGGCUGAGGCGCUUGCGUGGGGCACGUUGUUGCUAGAGGGCAAUCACGUGCGUAUAAGCGGACAGGACGUUGAGCGUGGUACGUUUAGCCACCGACACGCUGUACUGCACGACCAGGAGACGAAUGAGGAGUAUGUGCCGCUGAAUAAUGUGGCCACGAACACGCUGCCUUCAGCCCCGCUGAACUACCAGACCCCUGGCAAGGAGACUGUCCCGGAGACGCAGGCUGAGUUUGUGGCGUCGAACAGCUCUUUGUCCGAGUACGGUGUGCUGGGCUUUGAGCUCGGCUACUCGCUGGAGAAUCCCAAUGCUUUGGUGAUGUGGGAGGCCCAGUUUGGCGACUUUGCCAAUGGUGCGCAGAUUAUGAUCGACCAGUUCCUGAGCGCCGGUGAGGACAAGUGGAUGCGCCAGUCCGGUCUCGUGAUGCUGUUGCCCCACGGCUACGAAGGCCAGGGCGCAGAGCAUUCGUCGUGUCGCGUCGAGCGCUACCUGCAAAGCACGGACGACGACCCGAACGUGGUCCCGCUCAUGGACGAGGAGAACCGCAUGCAGAUCCAGCACACGAACUGGCAGGUGGUGUAUUGCUCCACUCCUGCUCAGUACUUCCACGUAUUGCGCCGUCAGAUUCACCGCGACUUCCGCAAGCCGCUGAUUUCGGUGCAGCCAAAGCACCUGCUUCGUCUGCGUCAAGCUUCGUCGAAGCUGGAGGACAUGGCUGAAGGUACACAGUUCCAGCGUCUCAUUCCCGAGGUGGCACCGGAGAAGCUGGUCGAGGACGACAAGGUCAAGCGCGUGGUCUUCUGCUCGGGCAAGAUCUACUACGAGCUGGCCCAGGUGCGUGAGGAGAAGGACGUCAAUGACGUGGCGAUCGUGCGUGUCGAGCAGAUUGCUCCGUUCCCGUUCGACAAGGUGGCGGAGCAGGCCGCCCGUUACCCGAACGCUGACAUCAAGUGGGUGCAGGAGGAGCCAUUGAACAUGGGGUUCUGGACGUACGUGUCGCCACGCAUUGAGACGGCGCUGACGCAGCUAAACAGCGACUCGCGCAGGCCUUCCUACAUCGGUCGUGCCCCGGCUGCGGCACCAGCGACAGGCUACAAUGCCGUGCAUCAGAUCGAGCAGAACCGCAUUAUCAAGAAGGCGUUGGAUCUGUAA